UGGUCCCGCCGCAGGUACAGGGGAGAGGGGAUCCUUCCUGCCAGCCCCCAGGAUGUCUGGGAAUGCAUAAAGCCGGUGGCCGGCGGGCCCAGGACCAAGUGGGACCACAACGUGAAGGACUUCGAGGUCGUCGAAGCCGUGAGCGAUACUGUCUCUGUAUGCAGAACCACAACUCCUUCAGCUUUCAUGGGGAUUAUUUCACCAAGAGAAUUCGUGGAUGUGGUACUAAUAAAGCAAUAUGAAGAUGGGACAAAGCUAUCUGCUGCCACCAAUGUAGAACACCCGCUAUGUCCUCGUCAACCAAAUUUCGUGAGAGGUUUUAACUAUCCCUGUGGCUGUUUUUGUAUACCUCUUCAAGGGGAGCCAGACAGGACUCAACUCCUCAGUUUUUUUCAGACUGAUCUUGGUGGCUAUCUUCCCCAGACGGUGGUGGAUUCCUUCUUUCCAGCUAGCAUAGCUGGAUUUUACAGUAACCUCACCAAAGCUGUUAAGGCAUUGAAAGUGUGA